GAGAAUUUAGUUCAGUGUGAGAGCGAGGUCUGAGCAGGGAGUUGCUGCUCAUGGCUGAGUGCGUGGCUGGGGGCCGCCAGUCACUGCUCAGCUGCCGUCCAGAGCAUACACCUCCACCGCUCCUAGCACGCUGCUGAUGCAGCCACGCUAGCCUACCAUCGCCACACAGGAAUGGAUUGUUCUCCACUGUUGUGUCGUCUGAAUGAAUCUGGGUCUAGAAGUUCCUCAAGGUUGCUGGGUUCUAUCUAGAUACAUCGUACAGAGGUGUUUUAAAACCCCGCUGAAAACGGGACAUUUAUACGUAAGGCUUAUUAAACGGAAGUGCUUCCUCAUUAACAGUGAAAAGUUACUUAUAUGUGCAAUAAAUCAAAAUACAAUUAAAACUUGACGUAGAGACUGACUUAGGGUCAAAGCUGAAGUGCAGAAAAUAUCAAGGAAAUUCUCAGCUCUGGAAUUUAAAUCUGAUACCAAGGUUCUGUUCAACAUGUUGGUCUGCCCUGGCUGCCACAUCGGGCUGUCCCCGGCCAUGCCCAUGCCUCAGCCCGCAUCCCACACGAUGACCCUGCCCGUGUCAGCCCCCUGCAGCGCCCCCGCCCACUGGCUGACCACCACCCACCUCACCCCUGGACAUGUCCAGCCGCCCUACGUGUGUGGUCGCAUGUUCCAGAUGGGCGGGCUAGCUGCGGUGCGCCCCUGCCUGCCCGUUCCGCACGAUGCCUGCCACGUCGUCUGCUGCCUCGCCUGCCCUCAUUCCUGUCCCACUCUGCGUUCCUGUGCCCUCACUACCAAGCUUCCCUGUGCAGUACCUGAAGUUCGCAGCUCACUGCACACUUCCGGGGGCGGGUUGGUGGAGACAGAGUCUGAGACUAAUCGCAGCACCUCCCCAGACACUAAGGUCAAUCACCAAGCCUCCCUCAACCUCCUCCUGAGUGCGCCCUCUCCAGCCGCCGCCACCCCCAACACCAGACCCCAGCCCGACGUCCCUCCAGCACUCAGACAGAGCCCCCCGCCUCCCCUCCCCAAGGAAACCGACAGCGUUUGCGACAGCCGGGUACUGACGGCGACAAGACACGCUCUGGAGGAGAGUGGCUGGUACUAUGGUGCUAUAUCCUGGCUGCAGGCGGCGGCCAUGUUGCAAGACACUUCCGUCGGUACUUUCCUGCUACGGGAUUCCGCUAGUUCCCAGUCUGUUAACUCCCUUAGGGGUCAGACCACAAACCCCACCAGUGUAGAUUACCAACUACCGUGCGGCAGGUUCAGGCUCGACUGCACGGGACACAGUCAGAAAAACAUGCCAGAAUUCAACGGCGUGGUUCAGUUAGUAGAGCACUACGUUAGGGUAACCUCCACGCAGGUGUGGGUUGACCACGAGGGCAACACCUUCAGCCCCAUUGACAUCAGACGGCCGCUGCGGAAAAGUGUUCCCUCACUGCAGCAUCUGUGUCGACUCUCCCUUAACACUAGCAACACUACCACCCCUGAUGCAACCCUUCCUCCUGCCCUCAGGAGCUUCCUCAGGAGAUAUCCUCACAAGUGCUGACCCUGCCUCUACUUCAACGGACAUAAAUAACUGUGAUCAGAGACGCUGUUCCUGCUCUGAGUCCUGUAGGGAACCUGUGUAGGUGUAACACCCCACUGCUCUCGGAGGUCCCAAAGGACUGUCUCCACCAUGGUCACUUCCUCGGGUUGGCUAAUGGUGGUUUGUUCGUUCGGGAAAAGGCCUAAUGCGGAUCUUUGUCAGAUGAUCCGCUCAGUGAAUAAGUAACCGCUGGCGUACCGGUGCUGGGUAUCAGCGAUGAAGUAACCGCUGGCGUACCGGUGCUGGGUAUCAGCGAUGAAGUAACCGCUGACGUACCGGUGCUGGGUAUCAGCGAUGAAGUAACCGCUGACGUACCGGUGCUGGGUAUCAGCGAUGAAGUAACCGCUGACGUACCGGUGCUGGGUAUCAGCGAUGAAGUAACCACUGGCGCACUUGCGCUAUUUAUCAGGGAUGAAGUAACCACAGGCUUACGGGCUGUGUACCCUAGGUUAAGCAUCCACCUCGUUAAAAAUAAUCACGAGGUGGUGGUCUUAAGUGCUGACCUAGCCGCUCUCGAAAUAAAGUCUGAAGUUUGACCACAAACUCGACUCGAGCUCCUGCUUAAGGGUGCCCAAAAAAAAAAAGACUUACGUGCGUACUUAUGUGCGUCUGUGAUCUAUUUACACAUAUGGUAGCUAUUCAACGGACCAGUAUUCUUCUCCUUCAGUUCAUUUCCACAGUUUAUUUA